GCCGCCGGCCGGGGCUAGGGCCGGAUGGAGCCGCGGGACGGCAGCCCCGAGGCCCGGAGCAGCGACUCGGAGUCGGCCUCCGCCUCGUCCAGCGGCUCCGAGCGCGACGCCGGUCCCGAGCCGGACAAGGCGCCACGGCGCCUCAACAAGCGGCGCUUCCCAGGGCUGCGGCUCUUCGGGCACAGCCAUCCACCUGCCCCUGCCAUGGAGACCUUCUUUAGGAGACACUUCCAGAGGAAGGCGCCAGGCCCUGGGGAGGGGCAGCGGCGGCCCAGCGGCGUGGGGCUGCCCACAGGCAAGGUCCGACGCCGCUCCCCUGCCGGGCAGGCCUCCUCCUCGCUGCUCCAGCGGCGCCGCUCCAGCGCGCAGCUCCACGGCUGCCUCCUGGGCUGUGGGGUGGGGACCCGGGGCACCAGCCGCCGGCGCUCCAGCACCGUGCCCCCUGCCUGCAACCCCCGCUUCCUCGUGGAUGAGGUGCCCACCCCACAGCCUGCUGCUGUUGGGGCGCAGCUUCUGGGCACGCCCCUGCUGUUGGCUGGGCUUAUGGGCACGAAUGAGGAGGAGGAGGCAGCUCGGGAGGAAGACGUGACAGCUGCACCGUUGAGUGCCACCCAGCCAGGCACCAGGAGACCAGGCCCAUCCUCACACCGGGGCACCCUGCUGCCUGUGCCUCGCUACCUGCGCCAUCGCCGUGCCUCCUCCCACCUGCUCCCCGCCGACGCGGUGUACGACCGUGCCCUCUGGGGCCUGCACGGUUACUACCGGCGCCUCAGCCAGCAGUGGCCCCCAGGCCAACACCCUGGCUCUGGGGGUCGAAGAGCCUCAGGCACCACAGCUGGCCCUGUGAUGCCUGCUCGUGUGCGCCCGCUGUCCCGCAGGCGUCAGGUAGCCCUACGGCGCAAGUCAGCGGGACCCCAGACCUGGAGUGCCCUGCUUGCGAAAGCCAUCACCAAGUCGGGCCUCCAGCACCUGGCACCCCCUCCUCCCGCUCCCGGGGCCCUGUGCAGCGAGCCAGAGCGGCAGAUCCGGAGCACUGUGGACUGGAGCGAGUCCGCGACCUAUGGGGAGCACAUCUGGUUCGAGACCAACGUGUCAGGGGACUUCUGCUAUGUUGGGGAGCAGUACUGUGUAGCGAAGAUGCUGCAGAAAUCAGUGUCCCGGAGAAAGUGUGCAGCCUGCAAGAUCGUGGUGCACACCCCCUGCAUUGAGCAACUGGAGAAGAUAAAUUUCCGCUGUAAGCCGUCCUUCCGUGAAUCAGGCUCCAGGAACAUCCGUGAGCCAACAUUUGUGCGCCACCACUGGGUACACAGGCGACGCCAGGAUGGCAAGUGUCGGCACUGUGGGAAGGGCUUCCAGCAGAAGUUCACCUUCCACAGCAAGGAGAUCGUGGCCAUCAGUUGCUCCUGGUGCAAGCAAGCAUACCACAGCAAGGUGUCCUGCUUCAUGCUGCAGCAGAUCGAGGAGCCGUGCUCCCUGGGGGUCCACGCUGCUGUGGUCAUCCCACCCACCUGGAUCCUUCGUGCUCGAAGGCCCCAGAAUACCCUCAAGGCAAGCAAGAAGAAAAAGAGAGCAUCCUUUAAGAGGAAAUCUAGCAAGAAAGGGCCAGAGGAGGGCCGCUGGAGACCCUUCAUCAUCAGGCCCACCCCGUCCCCCCUCAUGAAGCCCCUGCUGGUGUUUGUGAACCCCAAGAGUGGGGGCAACCAGGGCGCUAAGAUCAUCCAGUCCUUCCUGUGGUAUCUCAAUCCCCGACAAGUCUUUGACCUGAGCCAGGGAGGGCCCAAGGAGGCGCUGGAGAUGUACCGCAAAGUACACAACCUGCGGAUCCUGGCGUGCGGAGGCGAUGGCACGGUCGGCUGGAUCCUCUCCACCCUGGACCAGCUGCGCUUAAAACCACCGCCGCCCGUUGCCAUUCUGCCCCUGGGCACUGGCAAUGACUUGGCCCGUACCCUCAACUGGGGAGGGGGCUACACGGAUGAGCCCGUGUCCAAGAUCCUCUCCCACGUGGAGGAGGGGAAUGUAGUGCAGCUAGACCGCUGGGACCUCCGUGCUGAGCCCAACCCCGACGCGGGGCCCGAGGAGCGUGACGAGGGCGCCACUGACCGGCUGCCCCUGGAUGUCUUCAACAACUACUUCAGCCUGGGCUUCGAUGCCCACGUCACCCUGGAGUUUCACGAGUCUCGAGAGGCCAACCCAGAGAAAUUCAACAGCCGCUUUCGAAAUAAGAUGUUCUACGCCGGGACAGCCUUCUCCGACUUCCUGAUGGGCAGCUCUAAGGACUUGGCCAAGCACAUCCGAGUGGUGUGUGAUGGAACCGACCUGACCCCCAAGAUCCAGGACCUGAAGCCCCAGUGCAUUGUUUUCCUGAAUAUUCCCAGGUACUGCGCAGGCACCAUGCCCUGGGGCCACCCUGGGGAGCACCACGACUUUGAGCCCCAGCGGCAUGAUGAUGGCUACCUCGAAGUCAUUGGCUUUACCAUGACGUCCCUGGCAGCGCUGCAGGUGGGCGGGCACGGUGAGCGGCUGACACAGUGCCGCGAGGUGGUGCUCACCACGUCUAAGGCCAUCCCGGUGCAGGUGGAUGGCGAGCCCUGCAAACUCGCGGCCUCUCGUAUUCGCAUCGCCCUGCGCAACCAGGCCACCAUGGUGCAGAAGGCCAAGCGGCGGAGUGCCGCCCCCCUGCAUAGCGACCAGCAGCCCGUGCCUGAGCAGCUGCGGAUCCAGGUGAGCAGAGUCAGCAUGCAUGACUACGAGGCCCUGCAUUACGAUAAGGAGCAGCUCAAGGAGGCCUCUGUGCCACUGGGCACCGUGGUGGUCCCAGGAGACAGCGACCUAGAGCUCUGCCGGGCGCACAUCGAGAGGCUCCAGCAGCAGGAGCACGAAGGUGCUGGAGCCAAGUCCCCCACCUGCCAGAAACUGUCCCCCAAGUGGUGCUUCCUGGACGCCACCACUGCCAGCCGCUUCUACAGGAUCGACCGGGCCCAGGAACACCUCAACUAUGUGACUGAGAUCGCACAGGAUGAGAUUUAUAUUCUGGACCCUGAGCUGCUGGGGGCAUCGGCCCGGCCUGACCUCCCAACCCCCACUUCCCCUCUUCCCACCUCCCCCUGUUCACCCACACUCCGGUCACUGCCAGGGGAUGUGGCACCCCCCAAAGGUGAAGAGCUGAUUGAGGCCGCCAAGAGGAACAACUUCUGUAAGCUCCAGGAGCUGCACCGAGCUGGAGGCGACCUCAUGCACCGGGACGAGCAGAGCCGCACGCUCCUGCACCAUGCGGUCAGCACGGGCAGCAAGGAAGUGGUCCGCUACCUGCUGGACCACGCGCCCCCAGAGAUCCUUGAUGCCGUGGAGGAGAAUGGGGAGACCUGUCUGCACCAGGCAGCGGCCUUGGGCCAGCGUACCAUCUGCCACUACAUCGUGGAGGCUGGGGCCUCUCUCAUGAAGACAGACCAGCAGGGCGACACCCCCCGGCAGCGGGCCGAGAAGGCUCAGGACACCGAGCUCGCCGCCUACCUAGAGAACCGGCAGCACUACCAGAUGAUCCAGCGGGAGGACCAAGAGACGGCUGUGUAGCUGUGAGGCUGACACCAGGGCAGCGAGGAGGGACAGGGCCAGCCUGAGGACGAGCCCCCUCAUCGCCCACCUCACUGCCACAUUCCAGUCGGACUACUACGGGGGGACCCAUGCCCCAGGGAAGGAGCCCCGUGCUGCCCCCUGAGGAGCCACCCGCCCCGGACGAGGGUUGGACUCUGAGGAGCUGGGGGAUCUCCCCUGUCCCCCUGAGGCCCCAGCCCGACCCAGGGCCUACGGGGGAACAGGAAACUGGACUGGGCUGGGCAGGCCUUUGGGGGACUGGGGCUGGACCACUUCAGGGCAGCCCUCGCCCUCACCGCAGCAGGUGCCCUCGUGGGGUUUAGGAGUGGAGGGGGAGGGCAGAGGGGCUUGAGGCCCUAUCAGGGAGCCUUCAGGAAGAGGCUUCCUAAGCCACCUGCUCCUUUAGGGCCCCCACCCUGAGCCUCCUGGCAGCUUGGGCCCUCUCUCCUGCCCCGACUCCACCCUUCCCAGGGCUUCCUUCCAGAAACAGAGCCUGCUGCAUUUGCCUGCCCGCUGCCCUGCUUGGCACCUACCCCUGGUGACCCUCCCUAUGUACUCAGUCAUUUCAUCGCCGCCCGACUGUGUGGCCUGGGGGUUGGAGUGGGGCUCUCGUGGUGACAUGUUUACAGCUGGGUGUGACUCAGUAAAGUGGAUUUUUUUCCUUUC